AUGGAUAUUGUGAUGAGCACAAAUCCUGGUAGUUAUUUGCAUCUUCACUAUAACCAUCAAAGUGGACGGUUCAAGAGGUUUUUUGUUGUAUUUAAUGCUUUCAUUCAAGGGUUUAGGCAUUGCCGUCCUCUAUUGUUUAUCGAUGGAACUUUUCUGAAGGGGAAAUAUAAGGGCACCUUGUUAACAGCUACAACGAAGGAUGUGGAUCAAGGUUUUUUCCCUCUUACAAUGGAAAUUGUCGAUACGGAGAGUACAGACAGUUGGAAAUGGUUUUUAAUGCAUUUGUCGAAUAUAUUAUUGGAUGAAAGACUAAUUACCUUCAUAUCUGAUCGGAGCACUGGACUAUUGGAGGCUUUACCCAAGGUUUUACCUACUGCUUACCAAUAUUUUUGUCUCCAACACUUGAAAGCCAAUUUGAGGGAUAGGUUCUCUGGUCCAAUAUUUGAAAGAAUUACAAGAUCAGGGAAAAGGGAUUAUUGUAGGUUUCUAUCCAAUUUGCCCUAUGACAAGUGGACUAAUGCAUAUUUUAAAGGACAAAAAUACGGUGAAAUGCACUUGAAUGUGGUAGAGUCUUUCAAUUCAUGGAUCCGUCAAGCUCAUCAUUUACCCACUACGAAGAUGAUUGAUUCAAUUAGGUUGAAGAUCAUGGAUUUGAUGUCGAGAAGGAGAGAACAAGCUAAGAAAUGGAAUACUUUUCUUUGUCCGGAGAUGGAUUCAACAUUAGUAAAUGCUCUUAAAAGUGGAAGAACUUGGUUGGUUAGUCGUUCAAGUGAUCAUGUUUUUGAGGUUCAAUCCUGGCCAUCGGUUAGCGUUGACCUCUUGAAUAGAACUUGUUCAUGUUACCAAUGGCAAUUGAAUGGAUUUAUUUGUGCUUACGUGACGACCGCUAUCCAAAAGAGCGGAGGUGAUUUGUAUGCACAUGUGGAACCAUUUUAUUACACUAUCAAGUUCAAAGCUUGUUAUGCUGAGUCCGAUUAUCCAAUGCCCACUGUUGAGAAACCUCUUGCAGCUAUGGAUGAUCUUGUUAUCCUUCCUCCAAUUUGUAAGAAGCCACCUGGUAGGCCAAGGAAGAGUAGGAUUCCAUCUAAGGGUGAGAAGAUAAGACGAGUACAAUGUGGUAGAUGCGAGAAGUACGGUCAUAAUAGCAAGACUUGCAAGGAGACAUUGCCGUGA